ACUGUCUGUAAAGAGUAUCUAGUUCACGCUGUUACAUCGUAAACAGCAGGACGGUUCAACGUUGAAGGGGAAAAAAAACAUGCGCACAUGUGCGUGACGCUCUUGAGGUCCGCAAAUCUCUGCGUCUCCCUACUCGCUACUACUUCAUAUUUCGAUAUUGGACCUCACGGCGAUUUCGGACUGUCACAAGAGGGGACUGACCGACGGAGAAGCUGACGUGCGACCCAUUUAAAUAAAUAAAUGAUUGUCUUCAUCCUGUCUGGCGUUUCGGAUGCUGAUGCACUGAAAAGAGAAGUGAAGAGAGAUUGUCUCAUGAUAGCGGGGACAAGAUUCAGUACACUAUGGUUGAGUGUUGUCAUUCAAAGAACGAAGUAUGAUUACCAAAACCCUUAGAAAUAGAUGUUUCGAUAUAAACCUGCGCUGUAGUUUUAACGUUUGGGUCUGCUGUAGCCUAUUUUCAUGAAUAACUGUACAUGAAAACAUUUGAAUCAUACUUGAUAUCUUGGGAGUUUAACUGGGAUCAUGUGGACACCGACGGAGGACGAAAAGCUCGGAGUAGUGAUCUCCGGCUUCCGCGGCUGUAUGCCUCACGGCCUGACUCUGGAGAUCGGCGAAAGCAUCCAGAUCCUGGAAAAGUGUGAAGGGUGGUUCCGGGGGUUCUCCACCAAGAAACCAACAGUCAAGGGGAUCUUCCCGGCCAGCUAUGUCUACCUGAGGAAGGCCAUCAUCACAAAUAGAGGGCAGUAUGAAACAGUGAUGCCCCUUGAAGACCCCAUUGUAACUGAGGUCACCUCCACUCUGCAGGAAUGGGCUGUGCUCUGGAAGCAGCUCUAUGUGCAGAAGCAUAAAGUAGACCUUUUCUAUAAGCUGCGCCACGUGAUGAAUGAGCUCAUCGACCUGAGACGGCAGAUGCUCUCCGGUCACCUGACCCAGGAUCAAGUGCGCGAGGUCAAGCGACACAUCACCGUGCGCCUCGACUGGGGAAAUGAACACUUAGGCCUGGAUCUUGUACCGAGGAAAGACUUUGAAAUGGUGGAUGCAGACCAGAUAAGCGUUUCAGACCUCUACAAAAUGCAUCUGUCCAGCAGGCACAGUGUCCAGCAGAGCACUUCCCAGGGGGACGGUGUGCGACAGCGUCAUGGCGACAUCUGUAGAGUACCUGUGCCACACCACCUUUUUGUCAAUCUCAAGAGCUUCACUUACAACACCAUUGGUGAAGACAGCGAUAUCUUUUUUUCUCUCUAUGACCUCAGGGAGGGCAAGCAUAUAAGUGAGAAGUUCAUGGUGAGACUCAACAAAAAUGGUGGCCCAAAGAACCCAGAGAAAGUGGACCGGCUCUGCGCCCUGUUUACGGACCUAAGCAAUAAGGAUAUGAAGAGAGACCUGUACAUUGUUGCUCAGGUCAUCAGGAUGGGGAGGAUGCUGUUGAAUGACUCGAAGAAGGGGCCUCCCCAGGUGCACUACCGACGGCCCUACGGCUGUGCUGCGCUGGCCAUGAGCGAUGUGCUGCAGACCAUCGCCGAGCUCAAGGAAGAGAAGGACUUCGUGCUCAAGGUUUACACAUGCAACAAUGAGAACGAGUGGCACCAGAUUCACGAGAAUAUCAUCCGCAAGCCCAGCACCAAGUACACGGCUCCCAGCACCAACUAUGGCCUGAUCAUUUCGCUGCAGCUGCUCAGAGGAGAGAUGGAGCAGAUCCGCCGGGAGAAUCCCAUGGUCUUCAAUCGUACUGUCGCCAUUACCCGCAAGCUGGGCUUCCCUGAUGUCAUCAUGCCAGGUGACAUCCGUAAUGAUUUGUACCUCACACUGGAGCGAGGGGACUUUGAAAGAGGUGGGAAGAGUGUCCAGAAGAACAUCGAGGUCACCGUAUAUGUGCUGUACGCUGACGGAGAGAUUCUCAAGGACUGCAUUAGUCUGGGAUCAGGGGAGCCAAAUAUCAGCGAGUACCACUCUUUCGUCCUCUACCAUAACAACAGUCCUCGAUGGAACGAAGUGAUCAAGGUCCCCAUCCCCAUCGACCGCUUCCGCGGAUCCCACCUGCGCUUCGAGUUUCGGCACUGCUCGACAAAAGAUAAAGGGGAGAAGAAGCUCUUUGGUUUUGCCUUCACACCAUUAAUGCGGGAAGAUGGCACUACGCUAUCAGAUGAGAGUCACGAACUCUAUGUGUACAAGUGUGACGAGAACACCACCUUCAGUAACCACGCGCUCUACCUGGGCCUUCCCUGCUGCAAGGAUGACUUCAACAGCUGUCCCAACGUCCCAUCCAGCCUCGUCUUCCAGCGCAGCGCCAAGGAAACCCUGUGGAUCUCCACUCAGCUCUCUUCCACGAAACUCACACAGAAUGUGGACUUGCUUGCUCUGCUGAAGUGGAAGGCUCAUCCCGAUCGUGUUUUGGACAUCCUCGGUCGCUUACGCCAUGUUAGUGGAGAGGAGAUAGUUAAAUUUCUCCAGGACAUCCUGGAUACAUUAUUCUCCAUUCUAGAUGACAAUACCGACAAAUAUGGGCCACUGGUGUUUCAGUCAUUGGUAUUCAUCAUUAACCUCCUCCGAGACAGCAAGUACUAUCACUUUCGUCCAGUGAUGGACACUUACAUCCAGAGGCACUUCGCUGGAGCGCUGGCCUAUAAGGAGCUGAUCCGAUGCUUGAAGUGGUAUAUGGACCGCUCAGCGGAGGUCGUGCGCCAAGACCACAUUCAGGAAGCAAUGAGGGCACUGGAGUACCUGUUCAAGUUUAUCAUGCAGUCACGUAUCCUGUACUCUCGGGCCACAUGUGGCAUGGAGGAGGACCAGUUUCGGGGCAGCAUCCAGGAGCUCUUCCAGUCUAUCCGCUUUGUUCUGAGCCUGGACAGCCGCAACUCUGAGACCCUCAUCUUUACCCAGCCUACUCUUGGACAAGUCACCAUCAACCAGGCCAGCUGUACACAGCCGUUGAGCAGUAACACUGCACGGUUGUCCCCUCUGUCAGCAGCCUUGCUUAAUUCCUUCCCAGCCAUCUUUGAUGAACUGCUGCAGAUGUUCACGGUGCAGGAGGUGGCUGAGUUUGUGAGGGGCACCUUGGGGAGCAUGCCCAGUACAGUCCACAUAGGCCAGUCAAUGGAUGUGGUGAAGCUACAGUCUAUUGCUCGAACAGUAGACAGCAGACUGUUCUCUUUUCCAGAGUCGAGGAGGAUUCUUCUGCCUGUGGUCUUGCACCACAUACAUCUUCACCUGCGGCAGCAGAAGGAGCUGCUCAUCUGCUCCGGCAUCCUGAGCAGCAUCUUCUCCAUCAUCAAGACCAGCUCACUGGAGAGCUCAGUGCAGGAGGAGGUGGAGAUGAUGGUGGAGAGCCUCCUAGACGUGCUGCUUCAGACUCUGUUGACCAUCAUGAGCAAGUCCCAGUCGCAGGAGGUGGUAAGAGGCCAGCGCUGCCCGCAGUGCACGGCCGAGAUCACUGGGGAGUACGUGUCCUGCCUCCUGUCUCUCCUGCGGCAAAUGUCCGACAUCCACUUCCAGCGUCUGCUGGACAACUUCCAGAGCAAAGAGGAGCUAAAGGAGUUCCUGCUGAAGAUCUUCUGUGUCUUUCGCAAUCUGAUGAAGCUCAGCAUAUUUCCCAGAGACUGGAACGUGAUGCGGCUGCUGACCAGCAAUAUCAUAGUGACCACGGUGCAGUACCUGUCUCCUGCUCUGCACAAGAACUUCACUGACACUGACUUUGACUUUAAGGUAUGGAACUCUUACUUCAGUCUAGCAGUACUAUACAUCAACCAACCCAGUCUGCAGCUGGAGACCUUAACCCCAGCUAAGAGGAAGAAGGUUCUCGACAAGUAUGGCGAUAUGAGAGUCAUGAUGGCCUACGAGCUGUUUAGCAUGUGGCAAAACCUGGGUGAAAAUAAGAUCCAUUUCAUCCCGGGAAUGAUCGGGCCCUUUCUCGGGGUGACGCUGGUCCCACAGAACGAGGUGAGGAACAUCAUGAUCCCCAUCUUCCAUGACAUGAUGGACUGGGAACAACGCAAGAACGGCAACUUCAAACAGGUUGAGGCAGAGCUGAUAGAUAAGCUGGACAGCCUGGUGUCUGAAGGCAAAGGAGAUGAAAACUAUAGAGAGCUUUUUGGUUUACUUAGCCAGCUUUUUGGGCCCUAUCCCAGUCUUUUGGAGAAGAUUGAGCAGGAGACCUGGCGUGAGACAGGCAUUUCUUUUGUUACCUCUGUCACUCGACUUAUGGAGAGACUGCUGGAUUACAGGGACUGUAUGAAGGGGGAUGAAACAGAAAACAAGAAGAUUGGUUGCACUGUCAACUUGCUAAACUUCUACAAGUCAGAGAUCAACAAGGAGGAGAUGUACAUCCGCUACAUUCACAAGCUGUGUGAUAUGCAUUUGCAGGCCGAGAACUACACAGAGGCUGCCUUCACGCUGCUGCUGUACUGGGAGCUGCUCCAGUGGGAAGACAGGCCCCUGCGUGAGUUCCUCCACUACCCAGCGCAGAGCGAGUGGCACCGCAAAGAGGCACUGUGCCGCAAGGUCAUCCACUACUUCAACAAGGGCAAGUGCUGGGAGUACGGUAUUCCUUUGUGUCGAGAGUUGGCCUUCCAGUAUGAAUCCCUAUAUGAUUACCAAAGCCUCAGCUGGAUACGGAAAAUGGAAGCGGCCUACUAUGACAACAUCAUGGAGCAGCAGAGGCUGGAGCCUGAGUUCUUCAGGGUCGGCUUUUAUGGUCGAAAAUUCCCCUUUUUCCUCAGGAAUAAAGAAUUUGUUUGCCGGGGGCAUGACUACGAGAGGUUGGAGGCUUUUCAGCAGAGAAUGCUGGGAGAGUUCCCGCAAGCCAUCGCCAUGCAGCACCCCAACCAACCUGAUGAGGCGAUUUUGCAGUGCGAUGCCCAGUACAUGCAGAUCUACGCAGUGUCUCCGGUGCCGGAGAAUGCGGAGGUUCUCCAGAUGGACCGCGUGCCCGACCGCAUCAAGAGCUUCUACCGUGUCAACAACGUCCGACUCUUCCGCCAUGACCGGCCCUUCCACAAGGGCCCCAAGGACAAGGAGAAUGAGUUCAAGAGCCUUUGGAUUGAGAGGACCACACUCACCCUCACACACUCUUUGCCAGGAAUAUCACGCUGGUUUGAAGUGGAGAAGAGAGAGCUGGUGGAGGUGAGUCCGCUGGAGAAUGCCAUUACCGUGGUGGAGAACAAGAACCAGGAGCUGCGCACGCUGAUUAGCCAGUACCAGCACAAGCAGCUCCAUGGCAACAUCAACCUGCUCAGCAUGUGCCUCAACGGUGUGAUCGACGCCGCCGUCAAUGGCGGGAUCGCCAGAUAUCAGGAGGCCUUCUUUGAUAAAGAGUACAUCGGUUCUCAUCCAGAGGAUGCUGAAAAGAUCACUCAGCUGAAAGAGCUCAUGCUGGACCAGGUUCAUAUCCUGGGCAUAGGACUGGCUGUUCACGAGAAGCUGGUGCACCCCGAAAUGCGUCCCUUGCACAAGAAGCUGAUCGACCAGUUCCAGAUGAUGAGUACUAGCUUGUGCCAUGGUCUGCCUGGCUUGGACAAGCUGGCUGUGACCUACUCUGGAACCAGCAACCCACGAGGCAUUCUGACCUCCCACAGUCCAAUAAGCCCAGAAGGCAUCAAACUCAUGCACAGACACAGCCCACUGACUCUGUCUGGCUCCCUCCGCCACUCCUCGUCGCCCUUCCUCUCCUCUCGCCCCUCCAGUGGUACCGGGAAUCUCCUCGUCCUUGCCGACGGCAUCCUGCUUGAACAUCCUGAGGACCUCUAUCGCAUGCAGGCCAGUCCCUCAACAUCCAGCCUAAGCUCCACGCACUCUGCACCGCCUCAGAUGAUCCACUCAGGCCCUGGAGCUGUCCGAGUUGGUUCGCCAUCGCUGCCUGACAAAUACAGACACAACCGCGACAUGCUGCUACUCCAGCCAGGCCAUCGAGACAGGCCCAGCAGCGCCAUGUACCCCAACGGUAUGGAGAAUGGACAGCAAACCAACCUGCAGAGGGCCUUAUUCCAUCAGGUCAUUGGUCCAUGCAAGCCAUGUAGUGACCCCAAUCUUUCUGUGGCUGAGAAAGUGCUGACGGCUCCUAGCAGCUGGAGUCUGGACAGUGGCACCAGGGACAGCCUUCCCUUCCUCUCCGCCCAUGUGGGAACUGUGGUGGCUCCUCCGGUGCCCCCUCGCAACUUUCCUCCUGGGCACUUCUCGAUGCACUUUGAUGCUUUCCACCACCAGGUCAGCGACCUCCCUCCAGCACUCCCUGUGCGCUCCUUACGAAAGUCACCCCUCCACCCAAUACCUGCGUCACCCACCAGUCUGCAGUCGGGCCUGGAUGGCAGUAACUCCACCCUGUCCGGGAGCGCCAGCAGUGGUGUCUCCUCCCUGAGCGAGAGCAAUUUCAUCCAGUCCGUCUCCGAGCCUCCAGCCCGGGUUGACAUGCUGGACUCGGCGCCCAGCAGCCAGGCCUGGACCACGGACACGGAGGAAAGUGAACCACCCUACCUCCCUGUGCGCUACAGCGUCUCUGAGCCCGAUGCUCUGGACAGCUUCAAGCCUGCCCCUUGCCGCAGCCUCUCUGCCCCCCUGUCCGUGGCCCCGGGACUCCCUCCAGACGGCCAGCACCACACCCACCACCAGACCAUCCACGUCGUCCACCCCCACUACCAUCACCAUGAGUUGGCCCCAGCCAUUCCCCCUAAGCCAUACUUGAGGGAGAGCUGCAUCCCUGAGGAAGACUCGAGGCCUGUGCCGAGACCCAUGCCUCGCAAGAUUUCCCAGCCAUUGCUCACCAACAAGGAGGAGCAGGCCAAGGUGUCCUGGGAGCACGGAGUCGGCGAGGAGUAGAAGCAGACUGAGGAGCCGAGCUGGCUGGUUAGCUAGGCUUGAAGCAUGGAAGUCUGAAACAAGCACCUGCUUUCGAAAUGUUCUCCUCUGGUUGCCACCAACUUUCUCUACUGUCCUGAGCACUUGUCAUGUUUCUAGGCUUCUCAACAUUGGUAAUAUCAUUACAUUGUGGGGAUAAGGAUGUUUACAGGGGAAUCUGAGUACAAAGUCAUGCCUGCACCCUUAACCCUCCACAUCAGAGAGGAUGUGUUGAUCGAGUAAACUGAAGAUUCUAUCGCUGACUGAUCAUGACUAUAAAGGUUGUAAAUGGUUCACAUAGAUGUUAAUGCUUGGCAGUACUAAAUGGAUGACUGCCUAUCAUGGAUAUAAGAACUACACUUUGCAGUUUACAGGAAUCCUACUGUUAGUUCCAUCAGCUGAGCUCACACGCUGAUGAAACUCUUAGAAAUAAGAGCAAUGAAUGUUCUUUUAAAAUACCUAAAUUAUAUAACAGGUGCAGAUUUUUUUUGUUUCAUUUAAAGACUUUGAACUGGCAGUACACAAAAAUGUUGAAUUAUUUGUGCAAAAACUACUGAUCUUAGAGCUAAUAUGACGAUGCUUUGUUGAGGAUCACUUAAUUUGUGGAAGAACUGAACUUGAGUACUUAGCUAUGGGACAAAACAGAUCUCUUCAAAUAAGUGAAAUUUUAUUUAAAACUCUGACAUAUUAGGCUUACUUAGUGGUUUGGGUGAAAUCUUUGGAUGGUGUUUUACAUUCACCACCACAUUACUGUAUUUAAAGACUGAUGAACUGUUUGUCAUAAGUGUCUUGAUAUCUCUCUGUCAGUUAAAAAGUAAAAAGCUCAUUUAUCCUCCCAUAGCGUUUAUAGGGCUUUCCGGGUUGAGAGCCUUCAAUAUUGAUGUCAAAACUGCUGCUAAUACCAAUGCAGUACGUUUACUAUUAGUAUUAAGAGUCACCGAUCGGAGAGCUGAGGUAGGGAAUUCCACACAGUCUGCUGCUUCUCCUGAGAGGCAGUACACACACUUGGCAGUGAGAGGCUUGUGCACUUUUGCUAAGUUUCAUUACGUACGCCUUAUUAUUGCACCACGAAAGGCAAAUCAGCCAAGCACUAUUUUCCUCUCCCAUGAACGCCAAAGUAGUCAUGCAGCUGUGAUAGGAAAGCCAUUUCCCAGAUGCCUCCUAGCAGCGCAGUUGCUUUUUUGACCCCGGCAGGUCUGUGGUUUGUUUUCCCUCCCAUUGAGUUGGCCAUUUUCAUAAGGAAGAAUAUAUUUUUAGAUAGAGAAAAUACAAAUUCCCUAACUUUAUCUAAUAAAAUUGUAUAGUAAAAAUAAGAAAUACAAACUUAUAUAAUGAUACAAAGAGGCUGGGUGAGUACCUUUGAAUAAUGUACGAUGUUAUAUGCAAGUUAAGGGAUUUUGAAGACCCUUUUAGCUGCUAAAGUAUGUGCAAUUGCUUCCUGAUGGGUAUAUGAUGUAGUGUAUGUUGGGAUUUCCAGACUGGAAGAUGUACGAUAGAAUUUGAUAAGCUGAGAUUUUUAUACAGUUCUGCAUGUUUUCUUUGUUAUUGCGGGAAUACAUUGAUGAAAUAAAUGACUGGAACACCCCAUUUCAUUUACUUAAAAUCAGAACGCGCCUGUGGAGUACUGCAAAUUUUCUUCACAAUCAACUCAUGUUAAAGGAUAAAUGUGUCAUAUUUCCACGUGUACUUUAAUAAAACUGUCAUCUGUACUUGCACAUAGCACAAUUUCACCUACAGCUUUAGAAAUCCUGCUCUCCCUUCAGCCCCUCGCUUGUUUUAAAUACAGUCCAAUGGGUCAAAAGGUUAAAGCUUGCAGAAACCUCUCUUUUUGAAACAGGACAAUCACAAUAAAGUUGUCUUUGUAUGAUUUAUGAAUAUGCAGAACAUACUGAAUAGCAACAGGCCUUAAUACCCCAUUUUAAACCUCUUCUAUAAAAUUGUAUAAAAAGCAUAACCGUUAUGACCUUUGUUUAGGUAGAACACCGAAGACAUGUGGGACUAUGCAACAACUUUAAAAUGGCAAGGGUUGGAAAUAGCAAAUCUACACUUUAAUUUGACCUUAUCUGACCCCACCCAUUGUGAAUUAUUGCUUUCUGCAUAUCCAAGAUCCUAAAAUUGUGGCACAACCUCCAUUUCAUCUAGAAUUUUUUUUCCUCAUCAUAUCAUUUUGAUGUCCUUGGUAUUCAGACCCAUAUUGUUAUAGUCUUGCUGUAUUACUGCAUUUUCAUACAUUUUUUUCAUGUCAUACUUAUCUUAGUCUAUUUACACAACUGCAGUGCUUACAACACCACAGGAUAUUAAAGAUUAGGUCCAUGGAACUUUGCAUAUGUAGUAUUAGACUUUUAUUACAUAUGAUGCCUUGAAUUGUGCUAUCAAAACUUUGUUCCACUUAGAUAAACUAUCAAAUUAAAAAUGGUCUAUGUUGAUCAUUUGUAAUACAUAAAAAUGUACUUGGGUCUGAAUCUUUUUGCAAGCAGCUGUAUAUAUUGAAGCUACCUGCAAAACAUGUAAUCAGUGUUUUAAGGUAAUCACUAUUAAUACUUUAAUUUUUCAUUUGAGUUUCCUUUUCACAGUUUUGGGCAUUUGUAGAUGAAUAAGUUUAUGUGAUGAUCAUUGAUUUUGCUGAUAUAAUUAUAGACCGCAAUUUUUAAUUUUACACCAAAAGUUUUAAUUUUGUCUGUAUGUCCCUUUCAGUGUGCAUAGAAAAGCCAACUAGUCGGGAUGUAGUGCAUGUCACUUUAUCUAGAAGAUCUAUUUUGGAGUUGAAAAGUAAUUUUUUAUUGACAUCUCACUAAUAGCAGAUGAUAUAGAUAUGAUAGAGAAUGCACAUGACAUAUACAAUAUAUUUGCCCUCUGUUAUACUUGAAAGAUAUCAAACGCAAUCAUGCUGUCUUGAAUCACACACUUUAUUUCUGUCUGUGUAAUAUGAACUUUGUCUUCUUAAUAGUGCAAACAUUUGCUGAGAGGAAGGUAAUUGAAUAAAUAAUAGUGUGUUAGUGGUUGCAGAGCACAUUUUUGAAGGGAAUAUUUUGAAAGUAGUUAGCAGUGGUGGAAGACUCAAUGAAACAUAGUCAUUUUAAGUCCUGAUGUAUUAAAAGUAGCAUUUAAACUUCAUAUACCUUAGCAUAACCUUUCAUAUACCACCCAUAUUUUAAUCCAUCUUUCUCAGUCAAAUAUGAACACGAGAAGAGUCAAGUGAUAACUGGAUGGUGUAGUGAAAUAAUGUCAUGUCUUUUUUUUUCUUUUUUUUUUAAAAGCAUUUUUUUUGUACAAAUAUUCAUUUUAAUUUAUCAAAUUUCCAAGCUAUUCUCAUUUAGAUUUGCUUUUAGGAAUCAAGUAGGAUAUUAAAAUGUUUUAUGCUAAUAUAUGUGUUUGUUAGUAUUUUGAAUGAUAAGGGAUCAAAGGUAUUUGGGAAAUUUUUUCACAGACACUGUGACGAGACAAAAAGUGAUACAGAACUGGCCAAAAUUGUGGGUUAGAGUUUCACCUAAAAGGUAUUCAUAUUUGAUUAUUGGAACAAUUUCUAUUAUGAUUUUAAUCUAUAACUAUUUAAGAACACAUUAUCUGUGAAUGUGCAUGUAUGUGUGUGUCUUUUAUUGGUUUCGUUUUUCUUUUUUGCUUUGCAUAUAUGCAGGGGAAAAAGAAACAGUAUUACAUUCAAAACUCAUUAAUCACAAAAUUAUAGCUAUAGAUGUACAUAUUUUACUCAUCUGAUGUCUUGGCAGAGUAGAACUUGUAUUUUGAAAUGUUGAUUUGGCUGGGGUUUUUUUUUUUAGAUUGAAGGCCUUUGUUCUUACAUGAGGAGGAUUGGGGAGAAUAUGGAGAAUGUGUUCACCUUCUCUUUCUUUCCCCACAUGGGUUUGAAAUGCAUCAGAUAAAUUGUUUGGAACACAGAGUGCAGAAUAUCAGAAUAUGUGGGCCAAGUAACAUACAGUUACAUUGUUACACUUUUACAUUGUACACUGUAUUGAUCACUUAAGAGUUCAGAGUCCCUUGACCUGUAUGUUUAUAAUGCGUUUUUGAAGAGAGCAAGACGAUGGCUACUGCUGUAAUGUUGAAAGAAAAAUGCCAGUGUGUUGAUAGGAAUUCCAUAGCUCAAUUAAAAGAAGAACAAAGAAAAAAACAUCUUUGUACAGACAAAGAUCUUUAGAAAGAAUGGAACUAAACACUUUGGAAAGCAUUACAACUCUUAUGUCAAUAUAUCUAUCUUUAUGUAUAUAUUCCUUCAUAAGCUGUGUAUUUAUACGGUUAAGAAGGGUAAAUCAUGUAUAGAUUGGGAAUAAUUGUCUGCCUUGUACUCUCGGAUGUAAAUGUGUUUUUAAAACUAAAAUGCAAACUGGAAAGAGUGACUCUUUCAGUGACCUAAUCACUACAGUUAUUUUGUGUAUUUUGCAUCGAAAAGGAACAAAUUAUGAUAAAUUAGAGAUUAAAAGCCUUUGUACAAGUAUUCUCCAAGUAAUUUCUUUGUAUAUAUUGUGCUGGCAUGGACAAAAUGUGACGUGAACUUUAGAUGUAAAUACAUUUUUUCCUACUCACUUAACUGCUGUGAUGUGAAAUUCAUUAAUAAUGCCUAACAUUAAAGAUAAUGUUUUAUGGA